CAGUCCCAAACUUUUUUUUUUCUUCAGCUCAGGAUUUGUAUUGCUUUGGAUACAGGAAGUAGAGCUGUGUAACUGUUGUCAAUAAAGGGCAAAACAUAAAUCCAGCUGAUCAAUCAGUUGUCUGUCAUACCCGACUGUUAGUUUGCCUGAAUUGCAAUUUCUACAUUGCAAAUCGAAGUAAAACAUGUCAACGACUGCCCAACUAUUCGAGGAGCCCUUUGAUGCAGACGAGUACAUAGAGAGGUUGGCCUGGAGAACCCCCGGAGGAGGGUCCAAAGGAGGAGCAGAGGCAUUCGACCCCAAAAGGCUGCUGGAGGAGUUUGAGAACCAUAUAGAGGAGCUGAAGCAUCUGGAUGAGAAGAUCCAGCGGCGGGUGGAGAAGCUGGAGCACCAGUGUCACAGAGAAGCCAAGGAGUUUGCCCACAAAGUUCAGGACUUACAGAGGAGCAACCAGGUAGCCUUCCAGCACUUCCAGGAGUUGGACGAGCACAUCAGCUAUGUGGCCACCAAGGUGUGUCACCUUGGUGACCAGCUGGAAGGCGUGAACACGCCCAGGCAGAGGGCUGUGGAGGCCCAGCGUCUCAUGACCUACUUUAAUGAGUUCCUGGAUGGGGAGCUGCGCAGUGAUGUCUUCAACAACCCAGAAAAAAUUAAGGAAGCUGCUGAUAUCAUUCAGAAGUUGCAUCUCAUAGCCCAGGAGCUGCCAUUCGACAGGUUUGCAGAUGUUAAGGCCAAGAUUGCAAGUAAAUACCAUGACCUGGAGCGCCAGCUGAUCCAGGAGUUCACGGCGGCCCAGCGUAGGGGCGAGAUUGGGCGCAUGCGGGAAGUCGCUGCGGUCCUCUUACACUUCAAGGGCUAUGCACACUGUGUGGAUGUAUAUAUCAAGCAGUGCCAGGAGGGGGCGUACAUGCGUAGUGAUGUGUUUGAAGACACUGCACUCCUCUGCCAGCGGGUCAACAAGCAGGUGGGAGAGAUCUUCCAGAGCCCAGAGACCGUCAUGGCCAAACUCAUCCAGAACAUCUUUGAGAACAAACUACAGGCCCACGUAAAAGAAAAACUGGAUGAAACCCGCCACUCUGAUGUAGAACAAUACCUCAAAAACCUCUAUGACCUUUAUACCAGGACAACGGCCUUGGCUUCCAAGCUGGCCGAGUUCAACCUGGGCUCAGACAAACACACCUUCCUGUCCAAGCUCAUUAAAAACAUCUUCUCCACCUAUCUGGAGAGCUACAUUGAAAUGGAGAAGGAUUACCUCCGCACGCGCAGCGCCAUGAUCCUGCAGCGCUACUACGACUCCAAGAACCACCAGAAACGCCCACAGGGUGGGGGCAGUAUCCAGGAGCUGAAGGAGCGGUUCAGGCAGCGCACCAACCUGCCCCUGGGGCCCAGCAUUGACACCCACGGAGAGACCUUCCUCUCCCAGGAGGUGGUGGUCAACCUGCUGCAGGAGACGCGCCACGCUUUCGAGAGGUGCAACAGGCUCUCAGAUCCCUCGGACCUGCCCAAGAACGCCUUCUCCAUCUUCCUGCUGCUGGUGGAGCACCUGUGUGUGGACCACAUCGACUACGCACUGGAGAUCGGCCUCUCCGCCAUCCCCUCGCCUGAUGCCAAGAAUGCCAACCUGUACUUCCUGGAUGUGGUCCAGCAAGCCAACACCAUCUUCCAUCUGUUUGAUAAGCAGUUCAACGACCACCUAAUGCCUCUUAUCAGCUCGUCUCCCAAACUGACAGAGUGCCUGCACAAGAAGAAGGAGGUGAUUGAACAGAUGGAGGUGAAACUGGACACAGGCAUAGACAGGACACUGAACUGCAUGGUGGGACAGAUGAAGCACAUCCUGGCUACGGAACAGAAGAAGACAGACUUCAGGCCUGAAGAUGAGAACAACGUCAUGAUCCAGUGCACCGCAGCCUGCUCCAAGGUUUGUGUGUAUGUGAGUCGGCAGGUAGAGCGUGUUCGGAAGUCCAUGGACGGUAAGAACGUGGACACAGUGCUGACGGAGCUGGGCGUGCGUUUCCACCGCCUCAUCCACGAGCACCUGCAGCAGUACAGCUACAGCUCCAUGGGAGGCAUGCUGGCCAUCUGCGACGUGGCCGACUACCGCAAAAGUGCCAAGGACUUCCGGGUUCCUCUUGUGCUGCAGCUCUUUGACACGCUCCACGCCCUGUGUAACCUCCUGGUGGUUGCCCCAGACAACCUCAAGCAGGUCUGCUCCGGGGAGCAGCUCACCAACCUGGACCGGAACCUUCUGCACGCCUUCGUACAGCUGAGAGUGGACUACCGCCAGGCCAGACUGGGACGACACUUCAGCUAAUGGCCCUGGCCAAUGCGUCGCUGUCCAGCCAUCGGUCCGUCCAAUCACCACGGCCUAUGAUUUCACAAAACUCCCCAUGGAAACGGAAUUCAGCCAACCUAGAUUCUCUGAGUUAGUCUUUCAUUCUCAUCUGCAGUAGCACCUUUUUCUUUGUCCAUCCUAGAGGCCAAGAAAGACCACCACCAUUCACAGUUGGUCUACAGGUAGCCUAGCGGUUAGAGCAGGGUUUCUUAAACUAUGGGUCGGGACCCAAAGUGGGCCCUGAGUUUGUGGGAGGUGGGUCGCGAGUUAUGAGAAUACAUAUAUAUAAUCAAACACUAUUUCUUCUUAAUUUGGUUUGUUGGAGGACGAUUUGGGUCACAGGAGGACGGUCAAUUUCUCAUUUGGAUCUCGAGCUGAUAAAGUUUAAGAAACCCUGGGUUAGAGCAUAGGGCCAGUAUCCGAGAGGUUGCUGGUUCGAAUACUCGCGCUGACAAGGUGAAUAAUCUGUUUAUGUGCCCUUGAGCAUGGCACUUAACCCUAGUUUGCUCCAGGGGUGCGAUACUACCAUGACUGACCAUGUAAAACAGGGCUGUCAAACUCAUUUCAUGGAGGGCUUAGUGUCUGCUGGUUUUUGGUUUUUCCUUUCAAUUAAGACCUAGACAACCAGUUGUGGGGAGUUCCUUACUAAUCAGUGUACUUGAUUGAUGAAUUAAGGUCAAGGGAGGAUGAACACCCGCAGACACUCAGCCCUCCGUAGAAUGAGUUUGACACGUGCUGUAAAACAACACAUUUUCACUGCACCUUUCACCUAAAUUUACCUGCAUUUUGCCCUUGAUUUCUGCAACACAAAGAAUUUGAAACGUAUAUGACUCUUGUUUUGAAAUACUAAUCCACCAAACAUGAUUGUGUCAUAUUACCGGUAAUAUCAACCUUGAUUUCCAAGCUUUCAACUUUAACAUAGAGACAUUUUGUUUUGAUUGUGCCAAAUGUAUAUUCUGUGGCUGCACUUGUACACAGGAACAGACUUUAAAGCUACUGCAAAGAGAAAGUUGCGCUCUUCAUAGCUCAGGCCUGUCAUGGCACUGACUGACUGCAUACUGGAAACAGCCACCCCUCAUACAGAACUCCCAGAGGAAUCUACUCUCACCAACAUCCUUCUCUCUCCCUCUCUCUCUCCUCCCGAACCAAGCCUACUAAAGAGCUCCGCUGUGCCUGGCAGAGAGAGUCACAUGACCACCUCUCGCCGACCCCUGACCUCUGACCUCAAGGGAGAGGUGAGGGGUCAACACACUGGCUGUGAUCCCAGCUGUAAUCAUGUCUGAGAACCACUCUGGGGUCCUGGGUGGUCCGUCUGUGGCUAAGAUGACGGGUGCGAGAGGUCAGUGAAUGUGUCAUUGUAAUUGCAUAGAUCAACACCUGCUUAUCCAACGAGGCUUACCAUCCGUGCUCUCCAUUGUGGACUUCUCUUCACCUCUUAAGGAGAUAAUGAGGGAAAGUUAAGUGGACUUCACGGGGCCUACAGGAGGCCAGGGAGGGUCAAGAUCACUGUGCCUCUGUGUUCUCUAUGGUGGUAAUUGUUUGUCUGUCUAUCAGUGUCGGUGAGACCAAACCUGAAGUUAUGUAUUAUGCUAAGCUAUUCCCAGUGUACUGCUGUUUACCUUAAUGAGUCAUAAAAAAAUCUUGUGUUUAA